UUCGUGACACCGUGGCCUACAAACAGAGACCUCCGCAUCUGCACGCCGUAGACUGGCUGCGGUACUGUCCGUUCGGGUUCAUCGCGUCGUCCCUUCACUUUCAACUGUGGAAGCUUCGAAGGCGGACGGCAUGGAUUCUGCCAGCGUCUUGGCGCCAUGACACAAACGGUUGGACGUGUUUCUUACCCGUCGGUGUUACUCAUGACGAUACUGAUUUCUGGUGUCGGAACAUUGCUUUUGAUUGCGCAACGACACAUGAAGUAUGACAACAUUGCGGUUACCAAGGCAACUGUGACUGGCUUACCGGUAGCGACGUCAUCGGUUCGAAGAGUUACUAAAUCUUUGGAAGAGCUGAGACAAAAUGUUAAAAUUCCGGAACUCAGUGAUCACGUGAUAUUUUUUAACAGAGUUCCGAAAUCCGGAAGUGAGAUGUUGGUGCUGCUCCUACAGUGGCUGCAAGGAGUGAACGGGUUCAGACAUAUUCGCCUCGGGGGAGGAGAUGUGAGACACCUCUCCAGAAUGCAACAGGAAGAACUGGUGGAAGAGGUCACUAGGAAAGUUCGUGACGAGGCAGUGCCCGUGACCUUUGACCGCCACGUAUACUUCCUUAACUUCAGCCAAUUCGACCGGCAGUCUCCCACUUACAUCAACCUCGUAAGAGAUCCUGUCGACAAGGCUGCAUCCAGGUUUUACUACGCACGUGCUACACCAAACCCUCGCAAUCCAGACCUACGGGGUGCACCAACAUUCAAGCCUAAAAAAUUUGGAGCUCAGAGUUUUGAUGAAUGUGUCCACUCAGGGGAUCCACAGUGCACCUUCAAGACAGGAAAAAUAUACGACCUGUCCAUCCCAUACUUCUGUGGACACCACGGGUGGUGCAUGGAACUGAACAACCAGCAAGCCCUGGAGAGGGCCAAGGCAAAUGUGGAGCGUUAUUUCCCAGUGGUUGGUAUUCUGGAGGAACUGAAUGUCACAUUGGCAGUACUGGAAAAUCGUCUUCCUUACUUCUUUCGAGGCCUCCAGAAAACUUACUUUCAAGAUUUAAUGGAACCUCACCACAACAGUAACAGGAGACGCCAACAUGUCAGCCGUGCCACCCGUAAAUACCUUGAGAAGGCCCUAGAGGCAGAACACAAGUUUUAUCAUUGGCUACGAGCUCGCCUCCUGCAACAAUACGGUGACGUGACACCUCAUUGACAGUGCUACCACC